AUGACGCACAGUGAUCACCAACCUCAGAAGUCAGACCCUGUCCCUGACCUUCAACAGCAAAGUGAACAUUACCUGUUUCAUAUUCAGGAUAAAUCAGUACCUGCUAUGCCUAAACCGAUUGUUACAGUACAUGUUAAUGGAACUCCCAUUAAGGCAGUUAUUGACACCGGGGCAUCAGUCAUGGUGAUGGCCCAGAAAACCUACAUUCAGCUCAAGCCACAACCCCAUCUGGAUGUGCAUUCUGUUCCUGUCUAUGGCUACGGUAGUGAAACACCACUUGAUAUUAGAGGUACUUUUUCAGCAACGGUUUGCUACAAGUCUACUUCUGUCAACACUACAGUUUAUGUUACCUCUCAUGAUGGUGACACGCUUCUGAACUUAGCGACAGCCACUGCGCUUGGUCUUAUUGAGUUUACAUACGCAACAUCGUCAGCGUCACCUGAAUCAGUCUAUCCAGAUCGCUUUACCGGGAUAGGAAAGUUAAACACUUAUCGCUAUCACGUCCAAGCUGAUCCAUCGGUAACUCCAGUAGCUGUCCCACAUCGACGAAUACCGUUCCAUAUGCGCGAUAAAGUGGUCAAGGAACUUGAUCGCUUACUAGAGAGUGAUAUCAUCAAGAAGGUAGAGAACACGCCUACGCCAUGGGUUUCGCCCAUCACUGUUGUACCAAAGCGUAAUACCGAAGCCAUUUGCAUCUGUGUUGAUAUGCGCAACGUCAACACUGCAAUCAAGCGAGAACGUCACAACAUACCUACAGUUGAUGAUCUUAUUGCUACACUCAAUGGCGCUACAACGUUCAGUACGUUAGAUUUGAACUCAGGAUAUCAUCAGAUAGAACUCGAUGAGUCCUCCCGCCAGUAUACCGUAUUCUCUACACACGUAGGACUAUUUAGGUACAAACGCCUAAAUUUUGGAUUAUCUUCAGCAGCUGAAGUGUUUCAGCAUGUGAUCCUGAUGACAUUUCAAGACCUACCAGGCGUUGUGAACAUCAGCGAUGAUCUACUCAUUUUUGGCCGAAACAAAGCAGAACAUGACACACGACUUCAUGCGGUCAUGCAGCGCCUACGUGAGGUGAACCUAACGCUGAAUCCUGCUAAGUGUGUCUUUAACACAGAUCGUGUUGUAUACUUUGGCCAUGUCUUCACCGCCAAUGGUAUUAGCCCUGAUCCUCGUAAGGUGGAAGCGAUCCAUGCUGUCGCGGAGCCACAGAACGUCUCAGAGAUACGCAGUUUCUUGGGCAUGGUAACUUACUGUGCUCGUUUCAUUCCAGAUCUCGCGUCAAUAUCUGCUCCUCUCAGAGAACUCACACGAGCUGAUGUGCCGUGGUCAUGGGGACCGCCCCAAGCAGCAGCAUUUCAGCGUAUCAAGGACCUUGUUUCUAAGCACUGUACCAUGGGAUACUUCAACCCAGCAUACCAGUCAGAGGUUAUUGUUGAUGCAGGCCCACUUGGCCUCGGAGCGAUUCUGGUUCAGCAUGACUCUCGUACGCAGUCAGUUAUCCCAAUCGCGUUAGCUAGUCGCUCAUUGACACCCGUAGAACAACGCUACUCGCAAACUGAGAGAGAGGCACUUGCCAUCACUUGGGCUGUUAGACAUUUUCACAUUUAUCUGUAUGGAGUAUCAUUCGUUGUGACAACAGAUCACAAGCCUCUGUUGUCCAUGUUCAACAAUGCCAACUCAAAGCCGCCAAUCCGCAUUGAACGUUGGUUACUUCGGCUACAAGCGUACAAUUUCAGGGUCCAGUACCACCCUGGAAAAUUGAAUCCAGCCGACUAUAUGUCACGGCACCCGCGUACUACCCACAGUGAGGGAUCAUCAGCCGAAGAAGAAAUCGCAGAACAACAUGUCUCGUUUAUCGCAGCACACGCAAUUCCAAAGACAGUUACGCAUGAGGAUAUCGUAUCAGCAACAAGCGCUGAUGAAGCUCUUCAGAACUGUAUGCGUGCUAUCCAGGAUGAUAGCUGGGGUGAUCUUCUAGCGUCUGCAGAUGCAGCAUUGCAGAGUGAGUACAGAAGCCUACAUGAAAUACGUGAUCAACUUACCAUAGCAGAAAAUGGUAGCAUUCUCUUACGUGAUCAUCGCAUCGUCAUUCCACGCUCACUUAGACAGCGUAUCAACAACAUAGCACAUGAGGAUCAUCAGGGUAUAACUAAGACAAAGGCUCUCUUGCGUGAGAAGGUGUGGUUUCCUUCUAUUGAUCGUAUGACUGAACACACAAUUCGCGAUUGUUUAUCUUGCCAGAUGAACAGUGUUGACCAUGCGAAAGAACCACUUCGAAUGACUGAGCUUCCACAACAGCCAUGGACCGAAGUUAGCGUAGACUUUGCCGAUCUACCGACUGGUGAUCACAUGUUGGUAGUCAUCGAUGAUUACUCACAUUUCGUAGAAGUAGAAAUAGUUUCCUCUACAGCAGCGAGUCAGGUCAUCCCCAAGCUUGACCGAAUCUUCUCAAGCUUUGGCGUUCCUUCUGUAGUCCGUACUGACAAUGGCCCACCAUUCAACGGCGCAGAUUUCAAUCAGUUUGCUAACUACUUAGGGUUCAAGCACAGGAGAGUUACUCCGCGUUGGCCUCAAGCUAAUGGUGAGGUCGAAAGAUUCAUGCGAACUCUCAAGAAAGUCUACCGCUGUGCCAUCGCAGAGCACAAGUGUUGGAAGCAGGAAGUAUACAGGUUCUUGCGUAACUAUCGUGCUACACCACACUCUACUACUGGUGUUCCUCCUGCAACUCUUCUCUUUGGAAGGCCAUUGCGUACACGUCUUCCAGAAUCUCCGCAGAUCCAACAUGAUCUACAUUCUUCAGUUCGCAAUCGCGAUGAAGCCAAGAAACAACACAUGAAAGCAUACGCUGAUAGUCGCGGAAAAACUCAGACAUCGAGAAUCGCGGUUGGUGAUAUGGUGCUUGUUCGCAGAGAUGGAAUGGUUCCAAAGCACCAGUCGCCAUACCUUGCGCAACCAUACAAAGUUGUGAGAAAGCGUGGAUCUCGCAUUACCGUCCGUUGUGCCAAUCAUUAUAUCACACGCAAUUGUUCGCGAUUCAAGUUGUAUGGUGGUCCAGCUCCACCAUUUAGUCAUGAUGAUGAUGAUGACAUUGAACCUUGUAACAUUCAAGAUGCACAAAAUGAUCCAAUGCCAGCGGGAAAUCCGCAACCUGCUGAACCACGUCGCAAUCCGCCUCGCGAGCGACGUCCCCCAUUACGUUUUCGUGAUUUUGUGCCUAACUAA